ACAACGACCGGCGGUUCGUUAUCUAAACGUCAUUACCGAGCGUUUUGGGGUGUUUCCAUCCCGUAUGCAAUUCUGAUUGAAUGUCUUGUCUGUCCAUCAACUCGUCCCCGGGAUGAUACUGCAGAGAGAGUGCCGCUAGCUCGGUAGUAGCAUUAGCGUUAAACGUGGAUGACGGCUACUGUACACCGGAACGUCCUAUCAUCCGGACCACAGAAGAAUCAGCUGUCAUCAUUGAAUCAUUCGACUACAGCCAAAGGGGCCUUCCAAGGGACGUCAAGCCAUCCUUGUUACAAGAAGAUAAUCGACAUUGCCAAAAACAUGAGUCGUUACUGCACCCUGAACAACAACUUUCCCAAUGACAACAACCUCCUGGCCCUGGACAUGGUGCUGAGCUCUCUCUGGAGCAUUCCACAGCCCAUCAACUGGGACAACGUGGCCAUGCUGGUCCCUGGCUUCACACCCAAGGAGUGUGCGCAGAGGUUCGAGGAGCUGAAGAGCACCGGAGGGUUCCAUCACGUGGACGACCAAUGCAACGCGCUGACGGCAGGAGGCUCCUCCCCUGUGGACUACAUCAAAUCCACACUAUUGGACACCACGGGAGACGUGGGGGAGACGCGGAACAAUCAGAGCUCCAUCUCAGUGACGGGCCUGGCGGUGAACCCUUUAAGAGGAAGCUCGGUGGAGAAGGAGAGCAGGGAGUCUGCAGAGGAGGGCGAGAAGCCCCAGGAGGGGAAAGGGCCCAAUAUGGUGAUCCACGUGUGUGACGAGGCUAAGAACCUGAAGCAGGACUUCAUGUGUCCCCGUGACCUUCUGAUCAACGAGAUGCGUUACUUUGCCGAGUACCUCUCUGUUGACACCCAGCGCUGGGAGGAGGUGGACAUCUCUGUGCACUGUGACGUGCAGAUCUUCGACUGGCUCAUGAACUACGUCAAGAGGCACAAAAUGGCCGCCGAUGGCAGCCAUGACAAACCCAAGCUCGAGCCCAGCAAUGUGAUCUCAAUCCUCAUCUCCUCCGAGUUCUUGAAGAUGGACACGUUAGUGGAGGAGUGCAUCCAGUACUGUCACAAGCACAUGAGUGCCAUCGUGGCCACACCCUGCAACAUGAACUGCAUCAACAGUAACCUGGCAGCGGACAUGUCUGACCUGUUCAGCCACAACGAGGCAGACGACAUCACGGACAGAAAAGACAAGUUCAAAAGUAAGUUAUUCCAGAAGAAAAUUGAGAGUCUCUUCGAUCCUGACUAUAAGAACCGGGACUCCCCAGGCAACGCAUCAACUCUGUACAGGUGUGGUCUGUGCCUGAAACUGCUGACCAAGGACACAGAGCGGAAGAUCUCCUGCAUCCCAGGGAAGAUCAACAUCAACCCUCGAGGAGACAUCACCUACACUCACAGCAGGCAGAAGAGAUGGGAGGUCCAUGAUCUAUCACUACCUCUGGUCUGUAGGCAGAAGAGAUGGGAGGUCCAUGAUCUAUCACUACCUCUGGUCUGUAGGCAGAAGAGAUGGGAGGUCCAUGAUCUAUCACUACCUCUGGUCUGUAGGCAGAAGAGAUGGGAGGUCCAUGAUCUAUCACUACCUCUGGUCUGUAGGCAGAAGAGAUGGGAGGUCCAUGAUCUAUCACUACCUGUGGUCUGUAGGCAGAAGAGAUGGGAGGUCCAUGAUCUAUCACUACCUCUGGUCUGUAGGCAGAAGAGAUGGGAGGUCCAUGAUCUAUCACUACCUCUGGUCUGUAGGCAGAAGAGAUGGGAGGUCCAUGAUCUAUCACUACCUCUGGUCUGUAGGCAGAAGAGAUGGGAGGUCCAUGAUCUAUCACUACCUCUGGUCUGUAGGCAGAAGAGAUGGGAGGUCCAUGAUCUAUCACUACCUGUGGUCUGUAGGCAGAAGAGAUGGGAGGUCCAUGAUCUAUCACUACCUCUGGUCUGUAGGCAGAAGAGAUGGGAGGUCCAUGAUCUAUCACUACCUCUGGUCUGUAGGCAGAAGAGAUGGGAGGUCCAUGAUUACAUGACAGGACUGUAUGAGGAGCUGAAGUCCUGGGUGCUGGUCUACUGGAGGAUCUGGGGAACCAUCAACCACCUCACCUGUUCCCACUGCCAACAGGUGUUUGUGUGUGCAGAGCUGUCCCACUGUCGGUAUCACCCAGAGGUUGUGUUGUACCCAGGCAUGGGGACAGAGCAGGGCUGGCACGGGACGGGCAUCUACCCCUGCUGCAACCAGAGGACGCUACGCUUUGACCCCACCGGCAUGCCCAAGGGCUGUAAGAUGCGGGACCACAUAGUGAAUGCGUCAGACAGUGGAGACUGUACUGGAGACCACCAGGUUAACUCAGCCCAGACCAGACUGCUCAACGACCUGCUACUACACAGAGAGACGGUGUGUGUACCCAACACACCCCUACCAGAGACAGGGCCUGUAGACUCCCCCUCCAGUGGGUCAGAGAGAGGGGAGCGGGUACUGGACUGUGACAUCCUGGUAGAGCCGGGGCUUCUGGGACUUCAGAGAGUAGAGGGCACCACCUUUUCCCUGUUGAAAAACUGGAGCCGGCAACUGAGGCAGCAGACGCUGCUGUCUGAGGAUGAGGAGUAUACCACGGGGUCAGAGGUCACUGAGGAUGAGGUGGGGGAUGAAGAGGAGGCCAGCAAGAAACAAGCUGCUAAGAAGGCCAAGAAGUUGAGCAAACCUUUGAAGAGGCAGAUGUCCUCACCCAAUUUCCCUCGCAAAGAGAAAGCAGUGGAGAAAACGCCUUCGAGGGACAACACUCCAUUCAGAGUGAGUGCCCAGAAGAGUAAAUGGGACAGCUCUCGCUCCAUUCGCUACAACCAAGACGCCCAAAGAGAGGAAGACCAGCGGCGUAUGGUGGAGAUCAUUGGUCAUCUGACUAAGAUUAGGUUCGGAGAUCAGGAACAGAGGAAGUCCAAGGACACUAAAGACCGUGCAGCAGGGAUCUACUCCAGGCUAGAGGCCCAGUUCAAGUCCUCCUCCCAGGCCAGGGGACGACAGAGUGGCCCUGAGAAAACCCUCAGAGUGAAGCCACGUUUCAGCCAAGCUCGAACCACAUAGAUAUUGGAAAGAGGAAGACAAGAGGAGGAGGGAAGGAGGAAGACAAGAGGGAGAAGAGGAGGAGGGAAGGAGGACGACAAGAGGAGGAAGGAAAAGGGAGAGGAAGAGAGCAGAGGAGGAAGAGGGAGGAAAUCAGUGGAGCAAACUGACCCAAAUGGGUACUGGCAACCUGGCAGCAGCUAACCCUCUCAACCCCAUCUUGCUCCAAUGUGCCCCUGUUAAAUAUUUGUGCCUGUAUUCAUAAAGAGCCUAAGAGUAGGAGUGCUGAUCUAGGAUCAGUUUGUCCUCUUAGAAUAUACUGAAUGGACAGGGGAGACCUGAUCCUAAAUCAGCCCUCCUCCUCUGAGACACUUGAUAAAUACAGGCCCUGGUCCUGCAUUGGUCGUCUUUAGUUCAGAAGGCCUGGUUUUGCCGUAGGCCUUUCUAGCCCACUUAGAACCCAGUCCAGCCCGUCAGCCUGACUCAGGUGACUUUGUAUCGAUCACAUCUCCUCCUACCUCCCAUUAACUCUAUAUUACAAUGCAAUAGGUCACCUAGGUCUAAACCUGUACGCCAUAGAAUAUAAUAUACUUUAACAUAGAAGCUACCUUGUGGUGAGUAAUAGGAGUGGUGAGCAGUAGGUAGAUGAUGGUUUAAUGAAAUGCCCGUUGUUUCUAUAUCUGUCUGUGUUGGCCGUAUCGCACACUACUGGGACUAAGAGGACAUGGGUGGACGAGGCAGUCAGAAAUUAAAGUUACAUUCCCACCAUUUA